GCCGAGGUGACGUCACCUGGAAGUCGUUGGUUUCCAUCCAGGGAUCAGCCUGCUGUUCCUCAACAGCUCUGGGAAGUUCUCCCACCGACGACACCUCUGUUUUCUGUGACUUUUACAGCAACACUUUAUUUUAACAGUUUCUUUUUUUUUUGUAAUAGCCGAAACAUCGUAGCGACACCAUGACUUCCAUGCCAGGACAGCCGGUGACUGCUGUUGUGGAACGAAUUGAGAUCCUCAAGUUGCGGCAGGGAGAUAAUCGGAUCCUGGGCUUCAGCAUCGGAGGAGGGAUAGACCAGGACCCUGGACAAAACCCCUUCUCUAAGGACAAGACUGACAAAGGCAUCUACGUGACCAGGAUAACACCAGAUGGACCAGCACAUGAGGCAGGCUUGAGGAUGGGAGACAAAUUACUGCAGGUGAACGGCUGGGAUAUGACUAUGAUGACCCACGACCAGGCGCGUAAAAGACUAACAAAGAAAAAUGAGGAUGUGGUGCGGCUACUGGUGACCAGAAAGUCGUUGGAGGAAGCUGUCAAACAGUCUAUGGGCAGUGGUCCCAGACAGGAACACAGUGGCACUCCUUCUAAGCAGAAACUAAUGCAUUAGCCAAAGACUGAACACUCCUAUACUGAGACUCCCACAAAUUGAGGCCUUUUAUAACUAAGUCAAUGCAAAAAUAUUACACAGACCACAUCCGUCUUCACAAGUCAAUUCUUACUCAUUCUGAUCAGUCAUUGGACAAUGAGCCGGGGGGGCUCUUUCUUUCCAUACGCACUCAAACUCAUCUCAAAGUUAUCUGCUUUACUUUGUACACAUCUUUGUAGCAUAUCCACGUGCAACUUGUGAAAUAUGUGGCAAUCCAAAAACAAACUCUCAAAUUAAAUUAAGAAUCCACUAUGAUAAAGAGACUGAAUUUUAAGUCUUCGGAUUAACAUUUGGCAUCCAGUUGUGCUCUAAAACUCACAUUUAUCCAUUUAGACUAAUUUAGAGAAACAAAUACAUUUAUAAAUGUUGCUGUAUGAAAAAUAAUGUUAUAAGUUAUGAACAGUUUAUGCUGAUAUUCACAAUAAUUAGUAUAAUUACUUUGUCCUUGUUUAGGUUUUUGACAAACUGUGCUGAAAUUAAAUUAGUUUUUGGAAGACCUUUCACUACUUUACACUAAUUAAAUUUAUCAUAGCACAGCAUUCUUGAUUAAUUUCACCAGAAAAUAUUUGCCAAAUGUCCUCAAUCCAUGUUAAAACAUAUUUGAUCCUUUUCUGCCCACAACUGACCAAAGUUACAUACAUACAUCAAUAAUGUACAUGCUGUUUUUUUGUGUCAUUAAUGAUCAAAGUUUCAUCUCAUUUAAAUAAAAGAAAAAACAACAGCAAUGUGCUGUCAUUCCUGUCAAGAUUACAGCAAGUGCCAAAGUAAAAGCCAAGUCACUGUGAAGAGAUCAAAACAUGGAUAACAGUGUUUGUAAUCUUUUGUUUUCUUUUUCCUAUAAUGGUACAGUAUACUGUACAAAGUCUGUACAACAAACCAUAUUCCUUUAUGUUUAGUGUCUUUUCACUAAUUGUUCUUUUACUGAUUAAUUUCUCUGUCUUCUUUUUAUCUUGCUUUGUGAUGACGUCUAUUACAUGUGUAGGAAAGUAACUCUUUUUCUGUGUCUGCGUAACAAAAUGUACACGUUCUUCCAAGUUACACUAAUAAUGUCUCAUACAAACAGUAUUCCACUAGCUGGGCCUUCCUUUGGAUAAAUAUCUCAUCAUUUAUCAGUAUAGUUACCUUUUGUCAGGUUCAGCCAGGGAAAGUUGGUCUGCUUUGAUGCAAGCAACCCCAGUAGUGUCACACUGGAAUCAUUCAGAUUGUCUCAACCCAUAAAAUGUUUUGAAGUUGUUAAUUGUCACUGACCAAAAGUUGAAACUGUAAACCUGAACCAAGCAGGACUGAAUGUGAGCAGCAGCCUUAAAUGAAAACUUAAUACCACUAAUUAAUGAUUUGUUCCAAUUUUGCCAUUCCACUAUGGUUUCUGAAAGACAAUGAUUCAUUGCCUCUGAUACAGUACCUACUGCAUAACAUUGCUAAUGAGUGAUUUAGUACUAAUCAUAAACAAUACUUUGAAAUGCUAUAGUACUGAUAUGAUUUACAAUAUUAAUCUUAUAUCUUUGAGUGAUCUUUUUUUUCAUGCUAGUGGUAUAUGUAAUAUGUCUUGUAUGUGAUUGUAUAUGAUUAACAUCUAACCUAAUAAGCAAGUGUGUAAAAUGUUAAGUUUUCAUUCCAAAAUUAAAUAUCCAAUGUAAAAACACAGCUGAAGAUACAAUAAUAAUGCAAUAGAAAGUCAGCAUUAUGUUGUUGUAGCAAUAUACUCAUGUUAAAGGUACAGUCUGACUAAAGUAAGCCUCAUAAUGAAUUCUAAGGAAUCAAAAAAUACAUAUAUAUGUAACCUUUUUUAGUACACCAUUUUGGAAUGAAACCUUUUGAUACUUCACAGCAGUGGUUCCAACCUUAAAAUGAAGCCAUAUUGUGAUCCCUCAUCACUGAUUAUGGCCUUAGUGCUGACACAAAAUAACAAAAGUGUUUCUUCCCUCUUAGGUCAUUUCAUUUAAAUGAUUUUUAGAGGUAAAAGUAUCUAGUAUUUUUCAAGAAAAGGCAAACCAAUUGAGUAAAGCCAGAGCAGGGAUUUCCAGCACAACUUUACCUGCUUCCAAGAUUCAAGGAAAAAGGAAAAAGUUUUGACCUUUUCAGAAAAGCCAAAACAAACAUGUUUAUACGUAAUUGUUUAGUUUUUUUCAUAUUCCUUUUAUCAUCUUAGGACCCUCGGGGGUUGGAAACCACUGCUUCACAGCAUUUAGAAAUUAGUGUAAGACAAAUGACUUGCACUGUUUUCUAUUCAAAUUGUCUGCUCCAGAUUUUGUAAAUGUAAACUUCCAGCAGAGCACAAACGUUUUGCAUUUGACUGUAUUCAUUUUACUAAGUGAAUGUUUCUCAGAUAUAAAAGGACUGAAAAUGAAAUAUGCCUCUCCACCGUUUAUUGAUAAAGUGGCAAUAUAAUAUGAUCAAAAGUAA